AGGCGCUGGGAGGAUCUCCGUCCUGACGCCGCCGCCGCCGCCGCCAUGAGCUUCCUGAAGCCUCUCGCGGCGCCUACCGAGGGGGUCCGGCUUCGGCAGCCCGACACGGAGGCCGUGCUGGGGGGACGAGGCCUGGGCACCGGGAGCCUCUACAUCGCCGAGAGCCGCCUGUCAUGGAUAGAGACUUCAGGCCUCGGGUUCUCGUUGGACUAUCCCAUCAUAAGCUUGCAUGCCAUCUCCAGGGAUCUGAAUGCCUAUCCGUGGGAGCAUUUGUACGUCAUGGUAAAUGCAAAGUUUGAAGUAGAAGAAUCAAAAGAAGAUGGCAUGGGAGAAAAAGAGGAGGAGGAAGAGGAGGAGGAUGGCAGCAAUGAUGAUCUUGAGCCCAUUUCAGAAUUCAGAUUUGUACCCAGCGACAAAUCGGCUUUGGAAGCUAUGUUUUCUGCCAUGUGUGAAUGCCAAGCCCUGCAUCCUGAUCCUGAAGACGAAGACUCUGACAACGAUUACGAGGGUGGAGAAUACGACGUGGAAGCCCACGAAAUUGGCCAAGGUGACAUUCCAUCCUUCUACACUUACGAAGAAGGCCUGUCGCGUUUAACUGCUGAGGGCCAGGCUACCCUGGAGAGGCUGGAGGGCAUGCUGGCACAAUCUAUAAGCACUCAGUACCACAUGGCUGGGGUACGGACAGAAGAUUCCAUCAGAGACUUUGAAGAUGGAAUGGAGGUGGAUGCAUCCCCAGCAGUUGCUGGGCAGUUUGAAGACGCAGAUGUUGAUCACUGAGGAGGGUGUGGGCUGCUGUAAGAUUCUCCUCUCGGCAUUUUCAGAACAGGCUCUCCAAGCUUGAAGAUGUUAUAUCAGGAAUUGCCCUUUCGGUAUUAUUGACCUAAAUAUGGGUAUUUAGGUCUGUAAAUGCUUUUAUAGAUGUGCUGAUAUAAAACAGGAUAUGACACUGUGGGGCUGGCUUUU